CGUGCGCGUGUGUGACGAUUCAUGGCCGCUUGUUGCCAGAUUGUUCACGAGGGAAUAAAUACGCAAUUACUGUAGCAUAAUUAACCAAAAUCAUCUAAGUUCUGAUAUAUCAAUAUAUGUUUAUUUGUGAUUCAUUAUCUUCAAGAGAUGGGAAGAGAUUCGUUGAGACUUGGCAUUCAUUUGGCGUGAACGCAGGCGCAUCAUCUGCGAUUUUCUCUGAUCGUGGAAUGAUCCCGUUUAUCGUUGACCUUUUAAUGUCGUUUCGGCUAUUAUAAACAUGCAUCAGUAUUUAUACGUUGUUCUUGCUUUUGUGCACAUAUUGGCGGAUUCGGAUUUAGCUAAAUUUGAUGGUGCCGCUCCCUCUAAAAUAGCUGUUGUGGGGGCUGGAAUUGGAGGAACCGCUACAGCUCAUUUCCUGAGGCAGCAUUUCGGUCCAGAAGUGAGAAUUGAUGUGUUUGAGAAGGGGUCGGUCGGUGGUCGUCUGGCGACUGUCUCAGUGAACCACCAAGACUAUGAGUCUGGUGGAUCUAUCAUUCAUUCCCUCAACCUGCACAUGCAGGACUUUGUCCAACAACUGGGUCUGAAAUACCGUAAAAGUGUGGCUGGGAAAACGUCAGUUUUCAAUGGAGAGGAGUUCAUUCUGGAGGAAACCGACUGGUAUCUGUUGGAUUUGUUUCGUUUGUGGUGGCGCUAUGGGAUCAGCUUCAUCCGUCUGCAGAUGUGGGUGGAAGAGAUCAUGGAAAAGUUCAUGAGAAUCUAUAAAUACCAAGCCCAUGGCUAUGCCUUCAGUUCAGUAGAAGAGCUGCUUCACUCUCUGGGGGGUUCAGGAUUUAUCAACAUGACCCAACGCUCUCUUUCUGAGUCUCUGUUAGAACUGGGCGUCUCCCAGCGCUUCAUAGAUGAAGUCAUAGCACCAAUCAUGAGGGUCAACUAUGGCCAGAACAUCAGCAUCCCAGAAUUUGUAGGUGCUGUGUCUCUGGCUGGUGCACAGGCCAAUCUCUGGGCUGUGGAGGGAGGGAACAAGUUGGUUUGUUCAGGCCUGCUAAAACUGGCAAAGGCUAAUCUCAUCCAGAGUCAGGUUAAAACCAUUGCCCUCCAAUCUAUAGGAGAUUACCACCAAUAUGAGAUUACCUACAACUCUCAAAAUGAAAGGACAUCUGAGCUCUAUGACAUCGUAGUACUAGCUACACCUCUCCAACAUAAUGUUAACUCCGGCAUCUCAUUCCAUGGCUUUGAGCCUCAGCUGCCAGAAAUGGCGGGCUCAUAUCACCAAACUGUUGCCUCCAUCAUCCAUGGCUACCUGAAUUGCUCUUACUUUGGCUUCCCUGACCCUAAGCUCUUCCCGUUUGCUAGCAUACUUACCACAGAUACUCCUGGACUCUUCUUCAACAGCGCCGCAAGUGUCUGUCCAGUCAACAUAACCUCUGGUUUCCGCCGCAAACAGCCUCAGGAGGCUGGAGUAUACAAGGUAUUUUCUCCUAAACCUCUGGAGAAGAAUGAGCUGAAAACACUUUUUAAGUCUUACUACUCUGUGCAGGUCACAGAAUGGUUGGCAUACCCUCACUACGGAAGCACACAAGGGUUGCCACCGGUGGUACUGCAUGAAAGCUUGUACUACCUUAAUGGCAUUGAAUGGGCUGGGAGUGCAAUGGAGAUGAGCUCUGUGGCCGCUAAAAACAUAGCGCUGUUGGCUUAUCACCGUUGGAAUAGACAAUUCGAAAUGAUUGACCAGAAAGAUCUCAUGCACAAGGUGAAGACAGAACUGUGAUAGACCCAUUCUUCGGUGUUAUGAGGACUGUAUUGUUGAAAUUCUUAUGUGCUAGCCUGAUUUUGGAUCGGCGUGAGCGGAAGUAGAAAACUGUGAGUGACUGAGUGAUGCCACCAGUUGCUUUAUAUGUGCUUCUCAGCCUACACCAGUUUGACGCCAGAUUUAUCAAGUAUACGGAUUUCUACAAAAGCAUGUUGUUUCUCCAUCUGUGAUUCCACGCCACGUAAAUACUUAGUACACUGCAAAAAUCAAUUUCUGACCUAAUUUUCAUUUUUGUCUUGUUUUAUAGAAUGUUUUUUCACAUCCUUAAAACGAGACAUUUACUUGAGAAGCAAAAUGACAGGAUAUUAAAAGCUGUUUGCCAAUGUGUUAAGAAAAAUUUACUUCAUACGAAGGAAAUAAAAAAAAAAAAUGGUAUCCCACUUUAAAAUAGUGUUUCUUGUUUUAAGCAUUAACAUCACAAAAUUAGUUCGAUUUCUCUUAAAACCCAACAUUAUCACAAGGAAAGUCUGCAUAUUUUUUUAAAGAGUUAUGGUAACCCUGAAUCGGCAACAGUAUGCUGACGUACCGACAAGCAACGUCUCCUAUCAGACAUGUUUGCAUUGGCUCCACCGUGUUAACCUUCCCCUAAUCACAUUCGGAUAAUCGGUGACGAGUGUGAUUCAGAGGUUGCAUUUUUCCCUCUAACAAUAAAUUUUUACUCCACUGAUGGUUAGGUUUGGGGGUUCAGUUUUUACAAUUUGCAUUCCUCUUCACUGUAUUGCAUCCUGUACAGCUGAAAACAGUUCGCUUUACAACUCUUUAAGCACACCUCCGUGGACAUUUCACUCGGGAAAUAGAACCCAUACACCCAACGACACUUGUGGCUUUGGCCACUGUGGGCAGUGUUUCGCAUUUCAGUUGCUCAGAGUGAUUUCAACCUUAUGUUUGCGAUUUCACUGUGAGAUCAGUCUGAUAAAUUAGACUUAAUCUCAUGUAAUUUUGGUUGUCAAGUAAAUCUACAAUUUAUUAAAAUUAUUUAGAAAAUUUAAAAACAAAGUGUUUAUGUGGAGAAAACGGACAGCAGUGUGGUCUCAGGCCAAAUGCGAUCUGGCAGCAGAAAUGUGUGGGUCAAGGGAACACUCUUGUGGAGAAAUGUGAAAGUGAUAGCCCAUUCUUUUUCUACACUCUGGAUAAUGUGGAUUUUUAUUUUAAUGCUUGCUGUAAAAGUUUUUCAAAAUUCCACAAAUUCUAUCUUUAUUAUUAUUAUUAUUAUUAUUUGUUUUUACAUGCUUUUUUAUUUGUAACAGCAUUGAUUAUGGAAAAGCUCUUUACACCAAAUCAAGCACUGUGUUUUGCAACACUGGACAAUGAAUCUUAAAAUGAAGUAUUUAUUAAUUAUGAUGGCUUGCUUAACUUUCUCAUUUCAAUAAAUUAUGGCUGAUUGCCACCAAAGUCAAUUUCUUGUCUUUUGAAAUG